AUGAGCACAGGGGCACUAGUACCGGCGCAUGUGUAUAAAAUAAGCUCCCUGGGCCGAAGCCUCCCAGCACAGAGAACAAGCACAAGUGAGAAAGAGGAAAGCAGGCUUGGGGAGAAGGAGAGAAGCAAAAGAUCGCUGUUCCAGAUGGGCCGGAGGUCCAAGCUCUCCUCGCCGGCAGCUGCGCCAGAUGGAGCUUCUUCCUCAACUAUGGUGCCCGUGAAGAAGGUGCCCACACUCAACACGGCAUACAAUUCGGGGAUGCUGCAUUCCAUCGCCGGAGAAUGGAAUCCAAACAUAAAAGGUGUGUUUUCCGGGAUAGGCAUGGAGGAGUUGUGCAAGAUCAAGGACAUGGGCAACAAUAACCGUAUCUUUAGCAUGUCCCUGUUAGCUAGGAUAGAUCCUAAAGAUAUGAAGAUGGAUAUGGGCGAUGGGAAUCAUGUUGUUGUCAAUUCUAGGGAGGUGGCGAAAUGUAUAGGGUUGUCGCCGUGUGGUAGGAAGAUAGAUAUCCCGGGCGGGGCUUGCUUAGCGAACAGGGAAUCCUUGCUAGAGAACUUGCAUGCCAUCUUAGACACCACUAUGUCUAGGGCAAGUAGGAUCCCUAUCGUCAAAGUGAAGAAAAUCAUACAAAACGCAAGCAAGGUAGCGAUUGUAGGAGCAGAAAAGGAGAAGAUGAUGGUGGCGUGUACAAUCAUAGCCGCUUCAACAUUUCUCCUGCCUAGGGGAGCACACCCUAAAAUUGCAAAUGAACUACUUCCGGUCCUAGCUGAGCCGACCCAGAUCUCCGAUUACGAUUUCUGUGAUUAUGUUGUGGAGGGGUUGAGAGAGGGUGCUGCAAAGCUUAGGGAGGAUCUCCUACAUGACCCAUCUCAGCUGAGUCUCCAAGGGUGCCUUGUCAUCCCUCAGAUCAUUUUCUGUUAUUACCAUGAACACGGGAUGGAACGACGAGAGAACCUGCCGUUCCCUCGCUUGGCCUCGUACUCGGAUCUGUUCAUGAAACUGCAGAUUCGCAAGCAUGCAGCUAGGCUUGGUGUGGAAGCUGGAUUUGAGGUACAUUUCUGUCGUGGCCGCUUCUGUGGGGGCACGAGCACCUAUGGGGCAGGGGGCCCCUUCUAGUCCGGCAAGGGAGCGGAGGGCGCACGCAGAGCAGAUCGAGGCGGGAGCGCGCGGGGGAUUUUACCCAGCUUCGGAGCUCUCCGGUGAGAUAAAACUCCUACUGCUGCUUUGUGUUCGUAUUAUGUUCUUGCUCAAGAGUGUGAGCGUGUUGUGGUGUUGGAUGUCUCGGAUGAACCGAGCCUGCUGCGGAACCAAAAAAUUCCGAACCUCUUC